UGCUACCUGCUGACCGUGAGGAUCAUCCGGAUGAGAAAUCUCCAGCGAGUGGACACUUUAAGCCAGGCUGAUUGCUACGUGUCGUUGUGGCUGCCGACUGCGACAUGUGAAAAGUCCCGCACUAAAACCAUAAGAAACUCCAACAAUCCAGUGUGGAAUGAAACUUUCUACUUCAGGAUCCAGAGUCAGGUCAAGAAUGUGCUGGAGCUGACAGUGUAUGAUGAGGAUUUUGCUACUCCAGAUGACCAUCUCCUCUGUGCACUCUUUGAUACCGCUAAGCUACCAAUUGAAAGAACAGUGCUCCUGUAUUUUAAGCCCAGCCCAAAGGCCAAGGAGGAGCUAGAGGUUGAAUUCAAGUUGGAGGUUGCUUCUGGUCCUCAUGAAGCCAUUGCUACCAAUGGAGUCCUGGUGUGUCGUGAACUUUGCUGCUUGGAAGUUGAAGUGGCAGAGAAGAUGCAGCAAAAAUCAAAGAAAGAGCUUUCCCUCACUGUGAAGGGCUCCUUUGAGGGGACGCGGGAUAUCACGCUGGGCCCCGACGGAGUGGCCAGCCCAUCAGGUCCCACCAAGUUCCACUAUAUCAAGUACGCAGAGCCAACAUUGGACGUCAUGAUGCCAAAGAAGAGGCACUACCACCCUUGGACCUGUAAGUACAGUACGGAGACGGGCUCCCCGGUUGUGAUGCUGAAUUCACUGCCCAUGGGAAGGAAAAUGACCAUUGCAGAGGAGAAAAGAUUUGACUUGAAUGUGAGAGCACAAAACUGUAAUUGUUCGUGCCAUCAAGACCUCGACAUGCGCUUUGGGUUUGACUUAUGUUCAGAGGAGAUGACCUUCCUGGGGAAAAGAAAGAAAUAUGUAGCAAGUGCCCUGAAAAAUGUUUUUCACCUACAACAAGAUCUGCAGGAUCAUGAAGUCCCCGUUGUGGCCAUCAUCACGACAGGCGGAGGACUGAAGUCAAUGACAGGACUAUAUGGCAGCCUCAUGGGACUCAAGAAAUUAAAUCUCCUGGACUGUGUGACAUACAUCAGCGGGCUCUCCGGCACCACAUGGACCAUGGCCAACUUAUACAGAGAUGCCUAUUGGUCACAGAAGGACCUAGACUCACAUAUUGGUGAAGCCCAGAAACAAGCAACCAAAUGCAAGAUGGGCUGUUUCUCUAUGGAUCGCAUGAAGUACUACAACAAGCAGCUUUGUCAGCGGAAAGAAGAGGGAUACAGGACAUCAUUUAUAGAUCUUUGGGGGCUCAUGAUUGAGUACUUACUAAAUGAUGGGAAAGACCCCCACAAACUUUCACAACAGCAAGAAGCACUGUGUGAUGGCCAGAACCCACUGCCCAUCUACGUGGCAGUCAGCGUCCGGGACAACUACAGCACCAAUGAUUUCAAAGAGUGGGUGGAAUUCACACCCUACGAGGUGGGACUUCUGAAGUACGGCGCGUUCAUUCGCACGGAGCAUUUCGGGAGCGAGUUCUUCAUGGGACGCCUGUUGAAGAGGCUCCCCGAAUCCCGGAUCUGCUACCUUCAAGGUAUGUGGAGCAGUAUAUUUUCUGUGAACCUGUUACAAAUAUGGGGACUGUCCCACAGUUCAGAGGACUUCUGGAAGAGAUGGACACAGGACAGAAUAGAAGAAGUUGAUGAAGACCCGGUGUUGCCUACAAGACCUCACGAGCUGAGGACUCGCAUGUACACCCCUCCUGGUCCCCUGUCCAGCGCCCUUCGGGGAGCAUUGACUGACCGCUUCUCCGUUGCCCAGCAUCACAACUUCCUGAAGGGUUACCAGCUGCAUAACAACUACCUGGAGAACGAGCACUUCUGUCGAUGGAAAGACACUGUGUUAGACUCGCGUCCCAACCAGCUGAUACAAAAUCCUGAUCACCUGGGCAUGAUAGAUGCUGGAUUUUUCAUCAAUACGAGCAGUCCACCACUUCUAAGGCCACAGAGGGAAGUGGAUGUCAUCAUAUAUUUAAGUUAUACUACUGGAUCACACACGUCGUCUCUAGAUAAGGCGUGCAAAUACUACUCAGAGCAGAAAAUCCCAUUCCCCAAAAUUUCUUUGACUGAUGAAGAUAAGAAAAAUCUGAAGGAGUGCUACCUCUUCCAAGAUUCAGAUUUGCCGGGAUGUCCCAUUGUGAUUUUUCUUCCGCUUGUGAAUGAUACCUUCCGAGAAUACAAAGCACCCGGUGUCAAGCGCUGCUGCUCAGAGAUGGAAGGAGGACAACUUGACUUGACCAGCCGCUUUUCCCCCUACUGCAUGUUCUCGGUCAGGUACACUGACGAGAACUACCGACGGCUGCUGAACCUCAGCGAAUACAACGUCCUGAACAACUCACAGAUGAUUAUGCAGGCCUUGCAGAUAGCGAUGCAAAGGAGACGGCAAAACACGUGCUAA